GUCAAAAGAAAGGACAAGUAGAAGUAUCGAGGAUAACAGUGUGCAAAUAUAUGAACUAUUAAUUCGUUUUUAGGAGAUGGUUUUCGGUUAAGAUUCAGUAUGUCAAGACAAGAAGCGCUGAACAGUCGGGCAGAAAGAAUAGAAACACACAAAGUGCCCAGGCGACAAAAUGAUGUUUUCCAAGAGAAUGUGGUUAAACUAAUGAAUACAAUAGAAAAAAGAAUGAGCCAGUCUUCAUUGGUGAAGGAGAUCCCUGAAGCUAGCGAGAUUGAGGGUGCCCUGAAAGCCCCUGUCCAAAAAGGGACAGCUCAAUAUACACAGUGGGUUAGUAAGCUGUGGAGGGAAAUUGCAAAACUGAAGAGUUCUGGAGCUAGAAGAUUCCUAAAUCCUUGUAGAACACAUCUAGAGGUAGGUGUAACACUUUGGUAACCUGUAGAAUAUGUUUAGAGGAUGGUUUUAGUCAGGGUUUACAAAAUCUGCAAAUUUAUUUGUAGCCUAUUUGACUAUCUGUAUUUUCGUCUGGAAGCCCAACCGUUUUUUUUUUUUUUGUUGUUUUUAUUUUUGGAAAAUUUGCUUAAUGCUUGUAUACAACAGUUGGAUGAAAUGCGUAGUGUAUUACAGGGUUUCAUAAUUUUAGCUAUACACAUAUGUCGUUAUAGGUUUUGUUCCCUAAAAAAGCAAUUAUCAUUCAUUUUGUCUCCUGUUUUGUUUCAUUUGAGUUUAAAAACUAAAACAAGUUAAAUUCGGAAUUCUUCUCUCUUUAGUUAUUGCAAAAUGACAACAUCAUAUUAAAACUUGACAGUCAGUUUUAUAUAUUUACAUUCGUCCUUUCCAUUGAAAAUUCGGACGUUCAUUUUGUAUGAACAGCAAAAGGAAAGGAGCCAAAGUUACGACAACACUGCUUAGUGAAAAUGGGCUGCUGUUUUGACGACGUCCGUGUUUAGUCAGGGAGAACGUUCCUUGCUUGUUUUGUCAGGUGAACAGUAUGGUCAUGAUGGUCGGGAAGCCAAUUUUAAUAUUAAAUGCAACAAAAUUUGUGCAGUUUAUAAUAUAUACUCGUUUACAAAUGGAAAGUAAAUAUAAUGUAAAUAUAAGAAAUGAAUUAUUUUUUUCAGAGUUCAUGUGAAAUGAAGGACAGAUUAGUAUCCGCAAAUUAAACGUGAAUUGCUAGCACAAUUCAUGGAUUUGCCAAUCCUAUUUCGUUGUUCAUUUAGCAUGAACUCCGAAAAAAAAUGUUUCAUUUCUGAAAAACUUGCAAAUUCCUUACAGUAUCAGUUGCACUUUAUCGUAUAAAAUCAUUUAAAGCCAAUAAAUAAUUCUGUCUGAUUUUUAACAUCUUUUAACAAGUAGUAAAAGGACUAAAACCAAGUAAAUUGUGUAUCUUACUUCUUUGGCAGUGUGUAUUUACUUAUCUGAAUUUAUGUUUGUUCGAAAAACUGUUUAGUUUCUGGUAUGAUAUUGUUACUUUUUGCGAAAUAAUGGUUGAUUUUUGUUUGCAUGUUG